AUGAACACCUACCUCUUUGUAUAUGACUUAAUGCAAUUCUGUGGACAUUCCUGGAUAUUUACAAAUAUGAUCAUCAGGUUCAUUUCAUUUGGAAAAGAUUCGUUGGCUGACACAUUUUACUCCAUAGGACUUGUAAUGCGCCUUUGCCAGUUGAUGUCUAUACUGGAGAUCCCACACAUCCUCAUUGGCAUUGAUAAAAGUCGUCUCUUCCCCAGGUUUUUGCAGAUCACCGAGAGAAUAAUUGUUUUAUUUGUCGUGAUCAACAGUCAGGAAGAAGUUCAAGGGAAAUACAUUGUGUGUGUUUUAUUUUUCCUUUGGAAUUUAUUAGAUGUGGUCAGGUACACUUACAACAUGUUAGCAAGGACAGGAAUAUACUACCUACCACUGACAUGGCUCAACUUUUCACUGUGCAUCCCGCUCUAUCCCCUUUCAGUUCUGGCUAAAGCAUUUGCAAUUUGGGUAUCACUGCCUUAUUUUGAAUCCUUUGGCACAUACUCCAUCAAGCUACCACUUCCAAUCACCUUCUCAAUCUACUUCCCCUAUGUUCUGAAAAUGUACCUGCUAGUGCUGUUUAUAGGUAUGUGCUUUAUCAUCCAGAACCUCCUCUCCGAAAGGAAGGCACACCUAGGGACAGGCAACAUCAAAAAGAAAAGAAGCUAA